AUGGCAUUAAUCGAGGUUAUAGCUAAUGAUCGCCUGGGACGGAAAGUCCGUGUCAAGUGUAGUCCCGAUGACACGGUCGGCGAUUUGAAGAAGCUUAUUGGCGCGCAAACCGGCACUGACUACAGGAAGAUCCAAUUGAAGAAAUGGUAUACUUUAUAUAAGGACCACAUCACCCUCAGGGAUUACGAAAUCCACGAUGGAAUGAGCCUUGAACUUUACUGA